UCCUCUCCCUCUCCUUCCCUCCCUCCCCGUGCGCUCGAGCGAAUUCCCGCACGGGAUUCUCCUCGGUAGAGGAACCCUAGCGCUCCCCGGAUCCCGCCGCGGGGUGCAAUGGCCGCGCCGGCGUUCCUGCCCGAGCUGGCCACGCAGGUGGUGGUGCCCGUCGCGGCCGUCGUCGGCAUCGCGUUCGCGGUGCUGCAGUGGGUGCUGGUCUCCAAGGUGAAGCUCUCCCCCGAGCCGCGGCGCGGGGACGGAUCCUCCGCGAAGAGCGGCGCCGGCCCCAGCGAGUACCUCAUCGAGGAGGAGGAGGGGCUCAACGAGCACAACGUCGUCGUCAAGUGCGCCGAGAUCCAGAACGCCAUCUCCGAAGGAGCAACUUCUUUCCUUUUCACUGAAUACAAGUAUGUUGGACUAUUCAUGGGCAUCUUUGCUGUCCUGAUCUUCGUCUUCCUUGGCUCUGUUGAGGGGUUCAGUACCAAGAGUCAGCCUUGCCACUACAGCAAGGGCAAGACGUGCAAGCCUGCCCUUGCCAAUGCUCUUUUCAGCACCAUUGCCUUUGUGCUUGGUGCAGUCACCUCACUUGUUUCUGGGUUUCUUGGAAUGAAGAUUGCAACAUAUGCAAAUGCCAGGACAACUCUUGAGGCAAGGAAGGGUGUCGGAAAGGCAUUCAUUACUGCUUUCCGCUCUGGUGCUGUGAUGGGCUUCCUGCUUGCUGCCAGUGGCCUUUUUGUUCUUUAUAUUGCAAUCAACUUGUUCGGAAUUUAUUAUGGUGAUGACUGGGAGGGCCUUUAUGAGGCUAUCACUGGUUAUGGUCUUGGUGGUUCUUCUAUGGCUCUUUUUGGCCGUGUUGGUGGUGGAAUAUACACCAAAGCUGCUGAUGUUGGUGCUGAUCUCGUUGGGAAAGUUGAAAGGAAUAUCCCUGAAGACGAUCCAAGAAACCCAGCCGUUAUUGCGGACAAUGUUGGUGACAACGUUGGAGAUAUUGCUGGAAUGGGGUCGGAUCUCUUUGGCUCCUAUGCUGAGUCUUCAUGUGCUGCUUUAGUUGUUGCCUCAAUCUCUUCUUUUGGGAUCAAUCAUGAAUUCACUCCUAUGUUGUACCCACUCCUCGUUAGCUCUGUGGGUAUCAUAGCUUGCUUGAUAACGACUCUUUUCGCAACCGAUUUCUUCGAGAUCAAGGCUGUAGAUGAAAUUGAGCCGGCUCUCAAGAAGCAACUUAUAAUUUCAACUGCUGUGAUGACUGUUGGCAUUGCACUUGUCAGUUGGCUAGGGCUCCCAUAUACAUUCACAAUCUUCAAUUUUGGUGCACAGAAGACGGUGUAUAACUGGCAAUUAUUCCUCUGCGUGGCUGUUGGUUUGUGGGCUGGACUAGUUAUUGGAUUUGUUACAGAGUAUUACACGAGCAAUGCAUACAGCCCUGUGCAGGAUGUUGCUGACUCCUGCAGAACUGGAGCUGCUACAAAUGUCAUCUUUGGCCUUGCUCUGGGAUACAAAUCAGUCAUUAUCCCUAUUUUUGCUAUUGCUUUCAGUAUUUUCCUCAGCUUCAGCCUUGCUGCAAUGUACGGUGUUGCUGUGGCUGCUCUUGGAAUGCUCAGCACAAUUGCUACUGGCCUUGCCAUUGAUGCCUAUGGUCCUAUUAGUGAUAAUGCUGGAGGAAUUGCUGAAAUGGCUGGCAUGAGCCACAGAAUCCGUGAGAGAACAGAUGCUCUUGAUGCUGCUGGAAACACUACUGCUGCCAUUGGGAAGGGUUUUGCCAUUGGUUCAGCAGCCUUGGUAUCUCUUGCCCUCUUUGGUGCUUUUGUGAGCCGUGCUGAGAUCCAAACUGUUGAUGUUUUGACACCUAAAGUUUUCAUUGGACUGAUUGUUGGUGCCAUGCUCCCAUACUGGUUCUCAGCAAUGACCAUGAAGAGUGUUGGCAGUGCAGCACUCAAGAUGGUUGAGGAAGUCCGCAGGCAGUUCAACACCAUCCCUGGGCUCAUGGAGGGCACCACCAAGCCUGACUAUGCAACAUGUGUCAAGAUCUCCACUGAUGCAUCCAUCAAGGAGAUGAUCCCCCCUGGUGCACUUGUCAUGCUCACCCCUCUUAUUGUUGGAAUCUUGUUUGGUGUUGAGACCCUCUCUGGAGUUCUUGCUGGUGCUCUUGUUUCUGGUGUCCAGAUUGCCAUCUCUGCAUCCAACACUGGAGGUGCCUGGGACAACGCCAAGAAAUACAUUGAGGCUGGUGCAUCUGAGCAUGCAAGAACCCUAGGCCCGAAAGGCUCAGACCCACACAAGGCUGCCGUCAUCGGUGACACCAUCGGUGAUCCCCUCAAGGACACCUCAGGCCCCUCACUGAAUAUCCUCAUCAAGCUCAUGGCCGUCGAGUCCCUGGUCUUUGCCCCCUUCUUCGCCACCCAUGGAGGCAUCCUCUUCAAAUGGCUUUAGAGAAAGAUUGAUGGAUCGGUUACUUUAAUUUUGCCGGGGAGAGCACUAGAUUUAUCUAUGCCAUAGAGAAGUUUCAGUUUACCCAUAUAGUGCCUUCAUUUCCGUCUCGCCUGUAUUGUGUUACGUCAUGUUGAAACCUACCAGCCAUGGUGUCACCUAGUUUUCGGUUGUAGUUGCAGUAGCCGAGUGGAGAAAUCUCUGGCCAUUCUACAGGUUUGGACUUUCGACAUUUGGUGUAUUGGGUGUUGCCUGUAGAUAUUUCGAUGAUGAUGAUCAAGGAAUGCGCAAUUCAGAUUUCCUGUCUUAGUGAAA